AUGUUUACCCCUGCAGAGUCGUCUAUCGGCGCUCUAUUUAUUCAAUAUGCCACCGGUUCUUACAUGGCAGUUGAAGGUAAGGUUGUUGGCUUUUCCAACAUCAUCUUCAACUCUGUCUUUAAGCCAACCAUUCACAAUAUUUCUAUUGUACUAGGUGUCUUAUUUUCGGGUAGAUUCAUCAAACGUUUUCUUCCAGAUUUCGUUCCUCUAUAUGCAUCUUCCACUACCAACAAUCCUUCCAUCUUAGGUUCUCUCUCCAACUACUCCCUUUCGGGUGCUCUUGUUGGCUUGGGUACUUCUUUGGCUCAUGGCUGCACUUCAGGUCAUAUGAUUGCUGGUGUCAGCAGAUUAAGAUUGAGAUCCAUCGUUGCCACUGCCGUUUUUGCAUCUACUGCCGCAAUUACUUCGGCUCUUCUUCACAAUGGUACAAGUCUCGGUUUAGGUGUCACUCCUUUCACCUAUGAUGAUCAAUUUGUUGCCUUCAAUGCCAACAAGGAUAUCUUACUUAAGUUGCUAGCUCUCGGCUUUGCCCAUUCUUACAUUGUUAUGCCAUAUGUCAUGAAGAGAGUCAAGGCAUCUGGUGAUGAAACUUGGAUCAAGGUUGCCAAAUUCUUUUCUGGAUUGUCAACUGGUUUCCAGUUCGGUUUGGGUUUACUCAUUUCUGGUAUGGCUUCUAGCACUAAGGUUUUGGGCUUCUUGUCUAUUUUCAACAAGGAAAAGUUUGAUCCAUCGCUUCUUCUUAUUCCUGCAUUGGUUGUCUUGCCUAACAUUUUCAUCUGGCGUAAGCAGUUACCUCAAACUAAGUUAGAGGGUAUUCAGAAAUCUCCUAUCUUGGAAAACAGUUACGAUUUGUCCUUCAGUGAUACUAUUGACACUCCAUUUAUUCUUGGUAAUGUUGUAUUUGGUGUCGGUUGGGGUCUUUCCGGAAUCUGCCCCGCUACUGGUCUUUUAGGUGCUGAGUUUAACGGUAAGAAUGGUGCAUUCUGGUUGGCUUCUUUCAUAGGUGGUUACUUUGCUGGUAAUCAACUAGAGUACCAUCAGGUCUGGCCAUGCUCAUCUUCUGGCUCUACAGCCACAAUCUAA